AUGUUGUUGCCUCCUCUCAUGUUGUUCAUGAAAUUAGGAGGAUUAAGAGCCAUCGCUCGUGCAUCCGCUUCAUUAACUGAUAAUAAUGCACUGAAAAUGAAAAAUACAUUAACAGUAUUUGGUAAUAUCAAAUGGCAGCAUAAUAAGCAAUCCAAGAUUCCUGCAAAUAUGAUUGGCGGUGUACAACUGGUACCAUUGCAAUAUGGCUUACGUGCGUCUCGGCCGUGUUCCAGUCGAAGGAAGUAUUUGUUGAUAUCGGAGGAUGAUGGGUCUAUUCAACUGAUGGUCCUAAUGAUAUAA